AUGUCUACACUGGGAAUCAUUCACGCUUGUGAUGUGGACAAUACAUCUACAUCAGCUCUCUAUGAAGAGGACUCUCAAUUGACUGAAACAACACCAAGACAGACUGGCGACAUGGUAGAACAAAAGGUGAAUGGGUUAUGGGAUCGAGCCAAUAAAUUGCAGCGUGCCCAGACCGUUUCCGCUAGCACCACACCCUUACCACCAGCAGACCCAAACCAAGAUGGGAAACCCAAACACCCAUCUCAAGCAAAACAAUCUCGAUUGAAUAUACUUGCAUCGUCACUUGGAUUACCUUUUGGGGAUAGCGGUCGGUCUAGUGAAGAUGUACGCGCAGAUGCGUUGGAUCGACAGCUUGAAAAUCGGUGGGAUCGAGCACAGGAUAUUGCAAUCAUGCAUGGAUCAAAUACGGAGCUGAAUACUGGUGAUGAUGGAAAUCCUCCACUGUCGCCAAAAUUAGCUCGUGUAGGUACUGCAGUGGUUCAUGGUGUAACCAGAUCGUUCAGUCAAAGGCAGGCUGCUAAACAUGUCAACAAACAAGUGAGCGACCACUGGAGCAGAGCAGGACGAGCCAUUUAG